AUGUUAAUGCUUGAUGGGAUGCCGGCAGUCAGAGUCAAAACAGAGCUGUUGGAAUCUGAGCAAGGGUCUCCAAACGUCCACAACUACCCAGAUAUGGAAGCUGUACCCUUGUUACUAAACAACAUGAAGGCAGAUCCCGUGGAGGAUUCAUUAUCUACAGACCAUUUCCAAACACAGACUGAACCAGUGGACUUGUCAAUAAACAAAGCCAGGUCAUCACCUACAGCAGCUUCAUCUUCACCAGUUUCCAUGACAGCAUCAGCCUCCUCUCCUUCUUCUACUUCUACUUCUUCUAGUCGUCCAGCUUCAUCACCCACAGUAAUAACAUCGGUAUCCUCAGCGGCAUCUGUACCAUCAGUAUUAACUCCAGGUCCCCUAGUGGCCUCUGCAUCUGGUGUUGGAGGCCAGCAAUUUUUGCACAUUAUCCAUCCAGUACCACCUUCAAGCCCCAUGAACUUGCAGUCCAACAAAAUGAGUCAUGUGCACCGUAUCCCUGUGGUGGUACAGUCGGUACCUGUUGUCUAUACAGCUGUGAGAUCACCUGGGAAUAUGAACAACACUAUAGUCGUACCACUGUUGGAAGAUGGGAGAAGCCACGUCAAAGCACAAAUGGACCCCCGAGGCCUAUCUCCCAGACAAAUUAAAAGUGACAGUGAUGAUGACGACCUGCCAAAUGUGACCUUAGAUAGCGUUAAUGAAACUGGAUCUACAGCGCUCUCCAUAGCCAGAGCAGUACAAGAAGAGAGCAUGUGGGGCUGUGCCAGGUCAGCUGUUAACCCUUUUCGUUUUUUCAACUCCAGUUCCAUUUCACCAUUCAGUAUUGAGAGCACAAGGCGUCAGAGAAGGUCUGAGUCUCCAGACUCCAGGAAGCGGCGCAUCCAUCGGUGUGACUUUGAGGGAUGCAACAAAGUAUACACAAAAAGUUCCCACCUGAAGGCUCACCGGAGGACACACACAGGUAAGACUUUGCUGCUAUCAGGAGGUAUCAAGUGUGAUGGAGAGCCUUCAGGGCUUACAGGCGAUCUCACAGCUCACGUUGAUCGACUCUUCCUGCAAGGAGUAACUGUGAGAAAUAGGCUUGCUGGAGUUGUGUUGAGUUAG